AACGGUUCAUAUCCAUACGAAUUAAAAAAAAAAAAAACAAUUGAAUUCGUUUGUUCAUUGAAUUGUACGUCAAUAAUUGGUAAUCUAUUGCAUACGAUCGCAAUAGAUACGCGAAAACAAAAAGAAACCAAGUGUAAAACGCUGUGUAAUCAAUCACAUCUGUUCAAGCUGGAUGCAUAUAGCGAUUACAAUAGAGAUGAGUUUCAUAUAAAAAUCGAAGAUGAUUUAGAUGAAUUUCAAAAACAAUGUGAUUUCAACGCAAAUCGUGUAUUAUUAUUUCCACCGCUAAACAGCUAUAGACGUUUUCUAAUUCAUAAAUUAUGUGAAAAGUUUCCUUCAUUGGCUUCAUUUUCGGUGAGUCAAGGCUACGACAGACGUGUAUUGAUCUAUUCUCGUGCAAAUACAAAUCAUAAUAUAAACGCAACAAAUACAACCAACGUCUGCAACGAAAGAUAUAACGAACGAAAGAAUAUUUAUUCAAAAAACGGAAACUACUUGAAACCGAAUCGUACCAGUGAUAAAGCAACGACGACAAUCGCAACAACAACAAUGGGCAUUAAAGAUCUUGAUGCAUUGGCCAAAACGAUAAAACCUUUUCGGCAAGACGUCUGUGAAAAAUCAUUGAACAAUUUUGGCGACAACGUUAUUGCUGGCUCGUCUGUUGGUCUAUCCGAUUCAUCGCCGCCUGAAAGUCAUUUGAAUACCCAAAGGCAACGUCAAAGAAGACCAGAUCGAGCUGUUUAUGUUCCUCGUGGCCGUCGUGGCCAACCGCCCACAGCACCUACAUCAGGUACUGCCACAAAAUCUGAGGUUGUAGAUAAAGAAAGUGUAGAUGUGAUUCAUGCAUCGAUUUCAACCGUAUCGUCCUCUCAGAAUAUCGAAACAAUUGAAACAAAACAGAACGAACCAACAACAGUCACGCAGGAAAUAGUUAUUGAUAAAGAUAUUACCAGCGAAUCAAUUGCAAAAGAUCCGUCGUCGUUAGUUGUCGAGGAAGAAAAUUCGUUAGAGACACAAACUUUUGAUACAGUCACAAAUAUGGCCGUUACAAAUGUCAAAUGUGAGGGCAGUAAAAUUGAGAGCUCACUCAAUACCGCGGAUAAAGACUAUAAUGAAGAGAAAGAGUUUCAGCGAGCGUCAAAGGAGAUAAAUCGUCGAAAUCGUCGCAUUAUAAAGCAAACAUUUGACAGUGAUGUUUUAGAAAUAAAUGAAACUACAUCGGUCACAGCAAAACGGUUACCACCUGAAACUGAAUCAAAAUUGGAGAAAAAAACAAAACUACCUCAUGUUGAAACGCAAUCAAAUGCAGAUUCCACAACACAAACAAAACGAACCGAAAAGUCCGAUAAAAAGGCUGUGAACGCUGAAACCGAUGACUGGGAAUCAAUUUUUGAUGAUAAUGGCGAAUGUUUGGAUCCAAAACUGAUGACCGAAAUUACAUCAAAUAUUGGCAAAGUUUCGAUUAGUAAACCGAAAAAUGAUUAUAAAAGCUAUCAAGAUCCAGUUAAUUUGGAUGAAGAAGAAUUUCCACAUGUCCUGGAAAUUUCCAAUUUCCCAGUUGAAUUCAAAACACAGGAUCUCAUGAUGAUCUUUUCCGAAUACAAGGACUUAGGUUUCGACAUAAAAUGGGUGGACGAUACACAUGCAUUAGUAGUAUUUAGCAGCUCAAAAAUUGCUGCCCGAGCAUUGAGCACUGGUCAUACAUUCAUCAAACUGAAACCUCUGACUCAAGCAACAGCCGAAUCGAAAGCGCGAGCUAAGAAAAGUGCAUUAUUCCUGCAACCAUAUCGUCAACGACCAGAAACAUGUGCAGCUUUGGCAAGACGAUUGGUUACUGGUGCGUUGGGCGUGCGCUUGUCCACUGCCCGCGAAGAACGUGAAAUAGAACGACGUGUGCUCAAAGAAGCCAAAGAACGAAAGCUAUUGGCCGCAAAAUUAAGGGAUGAAGCCUGGGAAAAUUGAAUUUCUCAAAUGCGUUCACAAUUGUACAUAAGAUACGUUGCGCUGAUAUAUCAUAUUUGGUAAAUCACGAUUAUGCCAAAAUAAAAUGACGAACCGGGCUCAAACAGAGAAAUAUAACACCAAAGAACGUUUUUAUUUUGACUUCAACUCUUCUAUUGAGCCAGCUGUUAAAUUUCAUGUUUCAUUUUAAAUAUACUACCAAAAUUCAAAUGUAUGGAAUUUUUAACAUAUGUAUUUCUAUGAUGUUGUGAGAAAAAAGAGAAAAAAAGAGAGAGAAAGAGAAAUAUUUUGUAGAAUAUUAUUAAAAGA